UUGUCCGCAAGCUGCGUUGCUCCAACGCCGACCGAAUUUUGUAAUGAUCAAACAAAUUUUUAUUUGAAUUCUAUUACAACGACGAAUUAAUAUUUAGCUGCAUUAUUUAUAGCUAUGAAGUUAUGAUGAUUGAUACUUUGUAUUAUUUCGUUGCGGUGCUGUGUUUAAGCUUAACAAGCGUCAAAUCAGAUUCAGUACGAUAUUAUUACGACUAUGAGUGUAAUGAGCCUCUUCUAGAGACUGCUAAGUUGACUGCUACUUCUAGUUUAAGAGAAAGAGGACCGGAUAAUGCUAAGUUGUAUGGAACCUCAGCAUGGACGGCGAAAGAGAGCUCCUACUAUCAGCACUUGACGGUAAAGUUGGGCAAGCGCGUAGAGUUACGUGCGAUUGCCACCAGGGGGCGGUUUGCGACAAACGAGUUCGUUUCGGAGUACAUGCUCCUGUACUCUGAUAACGGGGAGAGCUGGCGGGUCGUAUCUGACUCAGAUGGAUAUGAAAAGAUGUUUGGAGGUAACCACGAUGGCAAUACAAUAGUUAAAAAUGAAUUCGAAGUGCCUAUAAUUGCUCAAUACAUUAGGAUUAAUCCCAUGAGGUGGCGAGAUAAGAUCUCUAUGCGCGUGGAGUUGUACGGGUGUGAUUAUGUGGCCGAUACCCUAUAUUUUAAUGGAAGUUCUCUCGUGAAAGUGGAUUUACUCCGAGACCCGGUAUCAGCAUCACGCGAAACGGUGCGCUUCCGUUUUAAGACCAGUGUCGCCUCCGGGGCUCUGCUGUACUCUCGCGGUACUCAGGGCGACUACUUAGCCUUGCAGUUGAGGGAUAAUAGGCUUGUACUUAACAUUGAUCUAGGUUCAGGACUAUUGACAUCCCUGUCCGUGGGCAGCCUCCUGGAUGACAACAUAUGGCACGAUGUUGUAAUAUCCCGUAACCGGAGAGAUAUAAUUUUCUCGGUAGACCGAGUGGUGGUACAGGGACGAAUAAGGGGGGAGUUUUCUCGGCUCAACCUCAAUCGAGCGUUCUACAUAGGCGGUGUACCGAACUUCCAAGACGGUCUCGUCGUCAACCAGAACUUCACGGGGUGUGUUGAGAACAUGUAUUUGAAUUCGACGAACAUUAUAUACGAACUGAAGCAAGGAUACGAAACCGGAGAACCUUUUAAGUAUCAGAAAGUUAACACCCUGUAUAGCUGUCCGGAGCCGCCCUUGGUCCCGGUGACGUUCCUGAAAGCGGGCUCGUACGCCAAACUGCGGGGAUACUCGGGUGGUAACACGUUGAACGUGUCUCUAGAGUUUAGGACUUACGAGUUGCACGGACUGCUCAUUUACCACAAAUUCAAAUCCGAUGGAUAUGUUAAGGUCUUUCUAGAAGAAGGUCAAGUGAAAGUUGAACUGUUCACUGAGGGUUCACCCAAGGUAAAGCUCGACAACUAUGCUGAGCUCUUUAACGAUGGCCGCUGGCAUUCCCUGAUGCUGACCAUGGCUCCGGACACGCUGAUCCUCUCUCUCAACUAUAGACCCGUCAAAACUACGAAAAAACUCAAAUUCUUUACUGGAAGCAGUUAUUACAUUGCCGGUGGUAAGUCCGGCGUGCGUGGUUUCGUGGGCUGCAUGCGUCGUAUAGCCUUGGACGGCAACUACCGUCUUCCGACCGACUGGAAGCCUGAGGAGUAUUGCUGCCCCAACGAGGUCGUGUUUGAUGCCUGCCAUAUGAUUGACAGAUGUAACCCAAACCCGUGCGAGCACGGCGGGACGUGUACGCAGAGCGCGGACGAGUUUACGUGCGACUGUACGGACACCGGAUACGCCGGAGCCGUGUGCCAUUCUUCAACACACCCGCUGUCGUGCCAGGCGUACUCCAACGCGGCAGGCCUGACGAGGUCGGCCGACAUCAAGGUGGACGUCGACGGCUCCGGGCCCUUAGCGGCCUUCCCCGUCACCUGCCAUGCCUAUUCCGACGGUCGCAUUGUGACAGCCGUGAGCCACGCGGUGGCGAGCAGCAGCAUCGUGGACGGAUACCAGGAGCCGGGAAGCUUCAAACAGGAUAUCGAGUACGACGCGUCGCGAGCUCAGCUCGAGGCCUUGUUGAACCGAUCUCAAACCUGCUCUCAGCGCUUGGACUACAUGUGCAGACAUUCGCGCCUGCUCAAUUCACCCAGCGAAGAAUCGAACUUCCACCCGUUCGCGUGGUGGGUGUCGCGCAGCGGUCAACGCAUGGACUAUUGGGCCGGGGCCCCACCCGGGUCGCGCAUGUGCGCCUGUGGGGUCCUCGGCUCCUGCAAGGACCCCAGCAAGUGGUGCAACUGCGAUGCGGAAUAUCUGGUCGGGGAUAAAGACGACUUCCAAAUGGAUGGCGGCGACAUCACCGAAAAGGAGUAUUUGCCGGUGAAGCAGUUGCGGUUCGGGGACACCGGCAGCCAUCUCGACGAAAAGGAGGGCAGGUACACCCUCGGACCUCUCUUGUGCGAGGGAGACGACCUGUUCAACAACGAGAUAACGUUCCGAAUCUCCGACGCCGUGGUGAUGUUGCCGGCCUUUGAUUUGGGCCACAGCGGAGACAUCUAUUUCGAAUUCAAAACCACGAAAGAGAACGCCGUGCUGUUGCACGCUAAGGGUCCCCAAGACUACAUAAAGCUGUCGAUAAUCGGCGGAGACCAGCUGCACUUCCAGUUCCAAGUGGGAGACACGCCCCUCGGCGUCUCCGUGGAGACCAGCUCUCGGCUGGCCGAUGACCACUGGCAUUCCGUGUCCAUCGAGAGAAAUAGGAAAGAAGCUCGGGUGGUCGUGGAUGGGGCGUUGAAAAAUGAGAUUCGAACCGCUAAAGAACCCGUGAGGGCCCUACACCUCACCACGGCCCUCGUGCUGGGGGCGACGUUGGAGCGAAAGGACGGCUUCGUCGGCUGCAUGAGGGCCUUGCUCUUGAGCGGGAAACCGGUCGACCUCAGAUCGUAUGCCAGGCGAGGAUUGUAUGGAGUGUCGGAGGGCUGCGUAGGCAAGUGCCAGUCUUCGCCCUGCCUCAACAACGGAACUUGUCUCGAGAGGUACGACACCUACUCCUGCGACUGCCGCUGGACCGCCUUCAAGGGCCCGAUCUGUGCCGACGAAAUCGGAGUGAACCUUCGCCCCAAUUUGAUGGUGAAAUACGAUUUCCUCGGCUCGUGGCGAUCCACCAUCAGCGAGAAGAUCCGCGUCGGCUUCACCACCACCAACCCCAAGGGAUUCUUGCUCGGGUUCUACUCCAACAUUUCCGCAGAGUACCUCACGCUCAUGGUGUCCAACUCUGGUCAUUUGCGUGUGGUGUUCGACUUCGGUUUCGAGCGUCAAGAGAUAAUAUUCCAAGGGAAGCACUUCGGGCUGGGCCAGUACCACGACGUGCGUCUUUCCAGGAAGAACAGUGGCGCCACUAUGGUCCUGCAGGUCGACAACUACGAGACCCAAGAGUACCACUUCAACAUACGCGAAAGUGCGGACGCGCAGUUCAACAACAUCCAGUACAUGUACAUGGGGCGCAACGAGACCAUGAACGAAGGCUUCGCGGGAUGCGUCAGUCGCGUGGAGUUCGACGACAUCUACCCUCUGAAGCUGCUCUUCCAGCAGGACCCGCCCGCCAACGUCCGGGCCAUCGGUGGCAUCCUCCACGAAGACUUCUGCGGCGUCGAACCCGUGACUCAUCCCCCGGAGCCCAUUGAGACUCGACCUCCUCCGCCGGUCGACAACACCGCCGACGAUCUGCAUCGUACCGACGAAGCCAUACUCGCGACCGUGCUGGCCUUCAUAUUCCUGCUGCUGAUCGCCGUGGCCAUAGUGUUGGUGCGUGCGCUGUCACGCCACAAGGGAGAAUACCUCACUCAGGAGGAACGGGGAGCGGAAGGAGCGGCCGACCCCGACUCGGCUGCCCUCGCUGCCGCCACCGGCCCGAGGGUCACCAAACGAAGGGAGUUUUUCAUCUAGACGCGUCUCCGUCAGCUUCCAUUCCAUAUAGUUUUCAUACCCUUAGCCUUUCGACCUUAGUUCAUUUAAUAGCGUAGUUAUUUUGACGCAUCAGUCAAGUUGUCAAGUCGAUGCCCGAUUCAUGAAAUUGCUUGGCCCUCGAGUCAGGUUUGUAUGACUUAUCACUCUCCAAAUAGCCUUUAAUAUCACUAUUAAUCGCGAUGCUGUAGUCCCAAUUCUGCAAAAUCUUAGGUAUCGGUAUAUAUUCGGUGGUGUUGUCACGAGCACAAAGCGUUUUAUACUUGAUUCUUCUCCCAGUGAGUGCCAUUUGGCUUUAACGAACAGGUGUAAUUUAUUUAAUAGAUUCAAAUUAAAUCCCUUUAAAGCCUUUUUAAAUGAUAUUAUUCUAAAGUCGGCGUUCGGUAUGUCGUGAAUGUUUGUCUAGUUCGCUUCACUAGAGAGUAAAACUUAAACUCCCUUUUAAGUAACAAGAUUUUGUUUUAAGUUAUUGAACGAGAUGAACUCAUCAGAGCAGCACGAAUGACGAACACAGCUUCGGUCGGCAGAUUUAGGCUUUGGUAUAUUUUUAUAAUCUCAUGUAAAUUUUCGUUUAUUUUUCCGUCCAAAAAUGUCAAAACGCUACUUAAUUGUAUAAAUGCGAUUUAUGUUUGGAAAUGCAAAAACAAACUAUUGUGUAUUAAUUAUUUUAUCGUAUUUAGUGUGUAUGAAGGUAGGAGCUGUGUAGCGUAUUGAAUCUCAUUUAUUAUUGUAUUACUAUUUGUAAUUAAAAGACUUCUGUAUCGUACAAAUGUAUUUUUUGUAAUUGCACAGACUAAACAAUAACAAAGGGUUAAUUUUUAAUCUAUAGUUUGCGCAACAAUGUCAGUUGUUAACUGGCUGAUACUAAUAUCAAUAUUAUUACAAGUAAUAUUCACGGAAACGAGAUGAAGAAUGAAUGAAAAUAAAUUAUAAAUUAACCUUUGAGUAUUGUUUUAAUUAGUUUAGGUUUGUAUACUGUUUGAGCAACACAUUAUUUCCACAGACAAUAUUUAAGAAAUAGCUAUCUUCAAAGUGAAUAAUAUUAUCUGUUAAAUGAAAUUCAACCAUUGAAGCAAGCAGGUUUCUUGACUUCUGUAAUAUUUUUCAAAUGAAAUAUAUCAUAAUUUUUAGCUUUAUAUAUAGUAUGCUGUUGUCUGUGGAUGACGUCACAUAAGGGUGCCUUAAAGUUUGGCACAGAGAUCACUUAGCGUAGACUAGAGUUUUUAUUUUACUAUGAAAUCACAAAUAAAUGCCCAAAUAUCAUAA